AAAGGAUUGAGUUUUUUUCGCCGACUACAUGGAAAAAAGUAAGCAGAAUGCGAAACUACUGUACCGGGAAAAACUUAACAACGAGGCCAGGGACCGUUACUUGGCCAAACUGUCGGAUAUUAACGGCAUAGAUCCGUAUGAUCUCCGGAGCAAAGACUGGAGCUCCGACGUCUCUUCACUGCCUCUGACCUCAUCAGUGGACAUAACCAAUUACCUAGUGUUUGGCGUCAGUGCCUACACGUGCGAGGAAUUCAAGGCAUAUAAAUCACUGGAAGCACACGGACAGUUCACAAAUGGCUGGGUUCAGGAUCUGUUUUCCUACCGACCACAGAUGUGCAACAACACAGUUGUUACUGCAAAGGUCGUGCACUCCCAAAGACUAAACGACACACCACUGAAACCCUGGGCCAUCAUUGACCGAUCAGGAGCCAUAUCAUCUGCUCACUGUACAUGUAUGGCUGGGAUAGCAGAGACCUGUACGCAUGUAGCUGCCAUGCUGUUCAAGUUGGAGGCCACUAUCAGAUGCAGGGAGAAAACAACUGUUACAGGAGAGCCUGCAUACUGGAUGAUACCGAACAACAUAAACAAAGUGGGAGCAGAGGUGGGACACAAGAUCGAUUUUACAUCAUCAAAAGCUAAACGGAAAAGCCUAGACCAACUCUUGGAUGGUCAGGCCGAACACAUGCCAGCGCUCAGAACUGUCACAAGCACCUGCACAGGCAACACCAGCACAGAGGACCAGUGGAGCGCAUAUCUUCGUGAACUGCAGAAAGCCUCAUCUAAAGCUGCUGUUUUGUCUUGUGUACCAGGAUUUUGUGAUUCAUUUGCAGACACAUUACAGCCAUGUCCUGCACCAGAUUCAUUGUCCCGACUGCGUGAUAAAAAAAUGGAUUGCAGUGAUUUGUCUGCGUUACGGUUGCACUGCAAAACUUUGUUAAAAAAGGCAGACAUUUCACAGGACCAGGCCCACUACAUAGAAUUGCAUAGUAGAUCACAGCACAGAUCCUCAACAUGGUAUCGGUUUCGCACAGGAAGGGUAACAGCAUCAACCAUGCACGCAGUCUUUCGGUCAGAUUUGGACAACCCUGCAGUUUCAACCGUCAAAGCAGUAUGUGGCACAAACAGCGGUGCAACCAAUCAUUGUGCUGCCACUGUAUGGGGGAGACAAAAUGAACAGAGAGGGCAAACACAGUACAAACAGAAAAUGGAAAACACUAUGUGGACCCUGAAAGACAUUGUCGUGUUACGUGUGGCACCUGACCCCAAGCUGUGGAAUGCACUCCUUGAAAAGGCACAGCAGUUCUUUGAGCGUGUGUGUCUCCCUGAACUGGUCAGCCACUUCUUCACAUGUGAUGCACAACGAGCACCGCUGACAGACAGCUCUGAUCCUGUAAGGAAAAGACCUUGCAAGGCUGCAAAACCUCUGGCUGAAAAAGCAAACAACAUUGUAGCAGCUGACAAGCUAUGGUGUUUGUGCCAUGGACCGGAGGCCAAAGAUGACAUGGUGGCCUGUGACAAUGAAAACUGCCCCAUCGUUUGCCCACCCCACGAAACCACGCCUCCAAAUUACAUGAACGCGCCUGCUGUCAGUCGAGAAUGUUCGGAUGUUCCCGAGAACGAAACAGGCCGAGACCUCGCGAGUGCACGUGACUCGGGAUGA